AUGUGUGUUCUUUCUAUCAUCCUCAUCGCACUUCUGAUCUCACUCCUCGUGUUCUCCAUGGAGAUGACCCAAAGCACCAUGGGUCCGCUCAGCGCUAUGGAGGGAUUGCUUGGCCCCAUCCUUUACCUCUGGGCGCUCCUAUUUGGCGUAAGCUACCUGUAUGCAUGGCUUACCUCUUCAAAAAGCAAGACGACUCUUGUGAAAGAUCCCAAGGAAUGUCGCUCCGUCAUCUCUGCCACGAACUUCAGGAAGAGCGACAACAAGCUCACGCCCUUUGAGUCCCGCGCAAAAUACAACAAGAAGCUUCGUAUUGUAUUUGGUGUCGAGAACGCCUUCACUACCACCGAUCCAGAAUUUUCCCAGCUCUUUACCAACAUGUCUGGAGGACUUAUGCUUUUACAGCCAGCCAAGUGGAAGGACCUGGCGGAAGUUAUCGGCCAGAAUACCAGGCGAUGGUUAGAUACACCCACACCAUCUAGCUCCUACCGGCUCUUCGUGCCUCUGACAACAAUGGUUCAAUCGUUGACAUUGCGGUUCAUUUUCCUGAGCAUCUUCAGCUCGGCUCAUCAUGUGCUCGAAGUCCCCGACGACGCACUCGUCAAGCUGGCAGAUGCGAUCAACUGCACUUGGGGUGCCGCCAAAAAAGGAUGCGACGUCCCUGUCUUCAAGGAUAACGCGUACUUGCAGGAGGCGCUAUCGGCCAUAUUUGAAUACAACCUGUCGGAUGAGAGAAACAACCCUCUGAGUUUGAUCCUGCCGGGAUUCGAGACACUGUGGCGAGUGGUUCUGCGGAUGGUGCUCGAGUUGGGCUUCCGUCCCGAGGCAGACCACGAUGGUUGGACAAAGACCUUGGUAGAUUUUUCCAAAAGCCCAAAUAGGUACAAGAUCAUGAGUCCGGGAUUGAGCUUUCUCGUGUCGGCGGAGGGUCUUGUCAACGAAACCUUGCGCCUCUACCCGCCUACUCGACGGAUCUAUCGUGACUUUCAGCAGGGUAAGCAGAGCGACAAAACCACCACCUACGCUGCCGAUGUCGAGGCAUGUCAUUUGAAUACUGAGAUCUGGGGGCCUGAUGCUGCCGUCUUCAACCCGUUGCGUUGGAGUAACUUGACAAAGGACCAGGAGGCGGCUUUUUUCCCGUUCGGCGCCGUCCCCUUCCAGUGCCCUGCUCGACCAUCAUUUGGGCCAAGGGCUAUUGGGUUGCUGGCUGGUGUGAUACUUCGUGAGCUUAAAAAUGAAUGGACACUCAGUGAGGGAAGUGAUACCGUCAAAGUUCCGGAGUUUAAGGGAAGGCUGAGCAAUGAGAGGAGCGCAUACAAUGGUCUGUUCUUGGUGAGAGAUGAUGAUCUUUCAUGCUUUCCUGACUUCAAAUAA